AUGGCACCUUCUACCCCUCACAUAUCCAGCCAGCUGAGGCAGCUCAUUUAUUAUCACCUCGAUAAUAACCUCGUCCGCAACGCGUUAUUUAUUGCAGGUCGCCUUCACGCGUACGAACCCCGAUCAUCCGAAGCUUCAUAUCUACUCGCGUUGUGCCACCUCCAGAACGGUCAGCCCAAGGCGGCUUGGGAAUACAGCAGGAAUUCUGGUUCUAGGGGAACUCAUGUGGGCUGCUCAUAUGUCUACGCGCAGGCAUGCUUGGACUUGGGCAAGUAUAUCGAAGGCAUCACAGCUUUAGAAAGAAGCAGAAGUCUUUGGGCUUCGAAAAAUAAUUGGAAUAAACACAGCGAGACCCGCAGGCAACAUCUACCUGAUGCAGCAGCGGUUCUCUGCCUGCAGGGUAAGCUCUGGCAGGCCCACAAGGACCUCAACAAGGCUGUAGAAUGCUACGUUGAGGCGCUGAAGCUGAACCCAUUCAUGUGGGAUGCAUUUCUCGGUCUCUGUGAGACUGGGGUAAACGUCCGUGUGCCGAAUAUCUACAAGUUGACUCCCGAAUUGGUGGCUAUGCUCUCAGCAUCACCGCAGGGAGAAUCAGUCUCUCUAUCUGAGAAAAGUGUCCCGACGAGUGGGCCGCUACAGACUCAAUUAAAUGUUAAUCCUAAUCUCGAUCCAUUCACAUCGAAUGCGUCGAAAGGCGAGCCGGGUACCUCGUACGGCAGUUCAGCGCUCUGGGAGAAACUGAACGGAAGCACCGUCAGUGUCGCAUCCGUUGGAGGUAUUCAUGAAGGGUCAGAAACCCCAGUGACCCAAAACGACUCUGAUGAGCUGCGUAUGGCCAACGGGACGACGGAUACCUGGGAACCUCCACUAGCUCCUGCGAGAAAGAACAGGACCGUACAGCAGGUGGAAUACGUCGAUCCACCCCCGAAGAUGAAAGCUACGACCUUGAAGUCGAAGACCAGGUCUAAAGCAGAACUUGAUGAGACGAAUACCGUUCACGUUGAAAAAGAGCCUGCACCUGCUCCCGCUAUUGGGGACCGCAAGCGAACGGUUUCGGGCCAGGUCGCUCACCCAGCACCACCACAGCCAUCAGAGCCAGGCGCGCCUCAACGCCGAAGCGUGCGACUGUUCAAUCAAAUAAGGCCGACGACUAGCAAGCUCGCUACUACAGCCUUGGGGGCCAAGGAAGGGAGGGAGGUUAAAAAAGUAAGAGCUACGGGCACGAAGGGACGCACGACGACCACAUCGACGGUUGGCCGUGUUGUGAGCGGGAACCGGAAACCUGUUACCGAUGGACCCGACGCCGAUGGCAAAGAGCAUCGCCCGACGGCUGCAUCCCAAAAUGCGGCCGGUAAUAACCAUUCCAAGAGUGCGGCCGUGGACAAGUCGAAGGAGAUCGAGGCUCUUUCCUGGUUACUGGACCUUUUUUCGAAGCUCGCCGCUGGACACUUCGCAUUGAGUCGUUAUAAGUGUCAGGAUGCUAUUCAGACCUUCAAUUCACUCCCUCAGAGCCAACGGGAAACACCGUGGGUUCUUGCACAGAUUGGACGAGCGUAUUACGAACAAGCAAUGUAUUCGGAAGCUGAGAAGUACUUCAUUAGAGUGAAGACUCUGGCUCCCUCGCGUGUGGAGGACAUGGAAAUUUACUCGACGGUGUUAUGGCACCUAAAGAACGACGUGGAACUGGCAUAUCUGGCUCACGAGCUGAUGGAGAUUGAUCGAUUAUCGCCUCAGGCCUGGUGUGCAGUAGGCAAUUCGUUCUCUCAUCAACGUGACCACGAUCAAGCCUUGAAAUGCUUCAAGCGUGCAACUCAGCUGGAUCCCAAAUUCGCGUACGCAUUUACUCUUCAGGGCCACGAAUAUGUGGCCAAUGAAGAAUACGACAAAGCUUUGGAUGCUUAUCGACACGGCAUCAGCGCCGAUAGCCGGCAUUACAAUGCAUGGUAUGGACUUGGUACUGUGUAUGAGAAGAUGGGCAAACUCGAGUUUGCCGAGCAGCAUUUCCGCAAUGCAGCUAGUAUCAACCCGACGAAUGCGGUCUUGGUUUGCUGCAUUGGUCUAGUGCUGGAAAAGAUGAACAAUCCCAAAGCCGCGUUGAUUCAAUACGGCCGUGCUGCUUCUCUGGCGCCGCAAUCCGUGCUGGCGCGAUUCAGAAAGGCGCGCGCCUUGAUGAAAUUACAAGAACUCAAGUUGGCUUUGGCUGAACUGAAGAUCCUGAAAGAUAUCGCUCCCGAUGAGGCUAAUGUCCACUAUCUUCUCGGGAAACUAUACAAGAUGCUGCACGACAAGGCCAACGCGAUUAAGCAUUUUACCACGGCCCUGAAUCUUGAUCCUAAAGCGGCACAAUACAUCAAGGACGCCAUGGAAUCUUUGGAUGACGAAGAAGAAGACGAGGAAGAUAUGACGUGA